CCAGUUCCGUGUCCUCAAAUAAGGCACUUUUUCAUUUUGUUUGAUGCUGUAAAUGUCAACUAAUGAUGCCAUAAAGAUAUUUUGGCCCUCACACCUCUGCUCACCUAAAUGUCAAUAUGGUUAUCUUAUUGGCUGGUAUAAUGUAUCAAAUGACAUCUGCGUCGCUUCAAUUGUACCUAAUGUCGAAGUAAGCUAUUUAGAUUGCGCGAUCAAAUCAAUGCCACUUAAUCUCAUCAUACCUCUUCUCUCUCUCCAUCUCUCUAUUUCCCCCUUUUCUCUUUUUAAGCUUAGGGAAUUAGAACAGUAUCUGAGUGAAUUUCGAGUAUCUGGUGAACAGUUUGUACAUAUCAACAAAGUGUGCAACGUUCCGCCUAAAAUUCUUGGAUAUUCGACUAUGAAGGAACAGUGCAAAUACUCAGGCACUCAAGAGCAAAAGAUAUGGCUAAAUAUUCAGUUGACCAAUAAUCAUAUGCCAAUACUCUUGUCUUUGUAUAUGAAUAACGAGAAGUUUAAAGUUAAUGAAUAUCAAGUUAUAUUUUAUGAUCAGCCAAACCCAAAGAGAUUACAAUUUUUAGCCCUAAAUCCUUUAGAACUAGACAUAUCAGUUUACAAUACCCCCAGACAAACACCAGAGAAACACGCGGCUUUAGAACACAUAUUGCACUAUAGCCAUCAGUUGAAUGGUAGCGAUAGAGGUUCGACAUCGACCGACCUUGAAAAAGUCCUGAUCCAGAACAAGGUAUGCAACAGUUACCAUUCAAGCAUAAACACAAACAAACCAGUCAAAGUCACAUACUUGGUUGCCUUGCAUAUUACUUGCACCUUUUCUGGAUUUUUCCUGUUCGUGUUAUUAUGUCUAGUCUUAAAUGGUUAAGUGGGUAUUAUAUCAAGAAAUGGAUUACAUUAUGUUCCAUGUGCUUUUUAUUCUUGAUCUUGACAUUAGCUGAGGCAACACUUCAAGCACUUAAUUUACAUCUACCACCAUGGAUAUUAAAUGGCAUUGCCUUUAAAGAUCUAUCUGCAGCUGGCCAGCAAAUAGAUUUAAGACUACAGCAACUCUUCUUUUGGUCAAGGCAAUACGUUUUACUCAGAAAACAGAAC